CUUACCCACUUUACCUCAUCACCUCGUCUUCCUCACCUAUCCUUUUCGUUCUGUUUCAAGCUCAAGCUCAAUCACAUACUAUUGAUGGCUUCUUUUGCCUCUUAUUAUCAUCAUCUCUUCUUUACCAUUCUUGCCUUGUUCAUUUCACUUCUUAUUUUCUUGCUUUCUCGCAAAACCAAAUCUAAACGCUUGAAUCUUCCUCCUGGGCCUCCAGGUUGGCCCGUCGUCGGCAAUCUUUUCCAGGUCGCUUUCUCCGGCAAGCCCUUCUUUCAAUAUGUGGAAGAUUUACGUCCAAAAUAUGGUCCAAUCUUUACUCUCAAGAUGGGAACAAGAACACUCAUAAUCCUUACUGAUUCGAAAUUAGUUCAUGAAGCACUCAUUGAAAGAGGUCCUCUUUUUGCCACCAGACCUCCCGAAAACCCUACCAGAAUCAUCUUUAGCAGCAAUAAGUUCACUGUCAACUCCGCCGUUUAUGGCCCUGUGUGGCGGUCUCUGAGGCGGAAUAUGGUGCAAAAUAUGCUUAGUUCAAGCAGGAUUAAGGAGUUUCGAAAUGUAAGAGCAAGUGCAAUGGAUAAGUUCAUACAUCGGCUUAGAACUGAGGCUGAAGCUAACGAUGGAGUUGUGUCCGUGCGUAAAAAUGCUCGAUUUGCUGUGUUCUGUAUACUUUUAAGUAUGUGUUUUGGGCUUGAAAUGGAUGAAGAAACAAUAAUCAAUAUGGAUCAAGUAAUGAAAUCAGUGUUGAUCGUUCUUCAACCAAGAAUCGAUGAUUUUCUUCCAAUUUUAAGUCCAUUUUUCUCGAAGCAAAGGAAAAGGGUGUCUAAAGUUAGAAAAGAGCAAGUUGAUUUCGUGGUUCCUUUGAUCGAAAAACGCCGGAAAGCUCUGCAAAAUCCAGGAUCAGACCCAACGGCAAUAACAUUCUCAUAUUUAGAUACCCUUUUUGACUUAAAAAUCGAAGGAAGAAAAUCAUCUCCCACUGAUCAAGAACUGGUCACCCUUUGCUCAGAGUUCCUCAACGGUGGGACUGACACGACGGCGACGGCAGUUGAGUGGGGGAUCGCACAACUUAUCGACAAUCCCACUGUUCAAGCCAAGCUGUACAAUGAAAUAAAAGAGACAGUGGGUGACAGAAAAGUUGACGAGAAGGACGUAGAAAAAAUGAGAUAUUUACAGGCAAUAGUAAAAGAAUUGCUACGUAAACACCCACCAACAUAUUUUCUACUGACCCAUGCAGUAACCGAGCCAACAACUCUGGGAGGCUAUGAUAUUCCAAUUGAUGCAAAUGUAGAGAUCUUCUCCCAAGCUAUAGGGGAGGAUCCAAGAAUUUGGUCGGACCCGGAAAAGUUCGACCCAGAUCGGUUUGCCUCUGGAGGAGAGGAAGCGGAUAUAACCGGUGUGACGGAAGUGAAAAUGACACCGUUUGGUGUAGGGAGAAGGAUUUGCCCUGGUUUAGGGUUAGGCACUGUGCAUUUGCUUCUGAUGAUUGCAAGAAUGGUUCAAGAAUUUGAAUGGAGUGGUUACCCAUCUGAUGAGAAUGUGGAUUUUAGUGAGAAAUUUGAGUUCACUGUGGUUAUGAAGAAUACUCUAAGAGCUAAGAUCAAGCCCAGGAUUAUUUAAGGUUUUUUAUAAUGCUAAUUUUUAAUUUUUAUAUAUAAAUUUAUGAGAAUUUCUAUAGUAA